GUGCACUGAAUCCCCAAUUAGUUCCUCUCUCGUCUCAGCACGAACAUCUCAAGUCUUCGAAUCUGGACCCCGACUACAUUCCCGCAUCCGUUCUCCCGCCUCCUCCUCCUCCACGGUCCACCUCUCUUGCCAGAGUUCCUUAGACGCAAAACCUUCACGAAGAAACCUUUCACGAAGUCGUGACGGCCUCAGAUUCCGUUAUCUCCGUCAGUUGCUCCUACUCCUAGUAUCUACUCUUAGAUCACGUUGCUCCUUCGUGUUGUCCCCUCGCGUUCCUCAACUGCCGCGUGUCUUUUCUUAACUUCGGACCACCACGAAUCCCAUUCUCACUUAUGGAAAAACCCCGUCUAUGUCACAUCGCUACUAGAAAGCCACCGCAACAAUGACGAGCCCAUCCAACCACGUCAGCUUCGGCAGCAGCACCGGCGGCAGCGGCAGUUUAGGGAUCUUAGGUGGCGGUAACAGCAACCUAGGGCUUCUGAGCCCGGUCAACGAGCAGCGAUUGGUCGCAGGAGUCUCCGCGAUUCUCGGGUCGCAAUGGAGCCGCCGGCUGCUCCUAUUGGCUGUUCUCUUCUUCGCGUGGCUCACGUUCGUGCUGUCGUCGUUUCUCAUGCUGCCACGUGUCCACACGCUACAGGCCAUCCAGCGGAAUAGGUUGCGGAGGGAAAAUAACGGCCACCGCGUUAGUGGCCUUUUCGGAACCAAGGGGACGGCGAGUUUCAUGCACGAGGGAAGCAAAGGGUACAGUAAACUACACGAUACAGUCAUUCAUGGAAACGCAAUCGGAAAUAACGGCAUUAUAGCGAGCAGCGAUGCAACUGGCCGUGGGAGUGUCACUGGAAGCAACCGAGGGAUUGACGAGAGGGGUAAUGGAUACAGCUCUCAGAAAGGGACCGAGGGAGGGUUUGCAGCAGUAAGUGAAAGCAGCUCUAAGGAACUGACUAGAAGCGGCUCUACUUCUGACACUAGCAGUAGCAGCAGUAGCAGUGGCAGCAGCAGCAGCAGCAGUAGCGGUGGCAGUAGCAGUAGCGGCAGUAACGAUAGCAGCAGCAACGAGACAGGGGAGGGGCCAACUGAGGAUGUGACUGACGUAAUUGACAGUAACGAGAGAAGAAGUAAAGAGGACGGUGACUUAAGCAGCAGUGGCAGUAACGAGAGCAGUGGUGUAGACAGAAGCAGCAGCAGCAGUAAUGGGAUAGGAGAUGUGAAGGUGGAUCAGGAGCAGCUAAAGCAGGAGCUGCUGCAAGAUGGGGCGGUGGAGGAUGAUGAGGUGGCAGGGAUUCCGGAUCUCACUGCUGACCUGGACGAAUCCGAGUGGGCCAAGACAUCGACAGGCAAUGGGGAUCGGAUGACUGAUUCCACAUCAGCAGGAGCUGAAACAGGGGUUGGCGAAACCACUGGGUCCAGAACUAGCAGCAGUCGCAGCAGCAGCACCGCUGGAAGCAGCAGCAGCAGCAGCAGUGGCAGCAGUGGCAGCAGUGGUAUCAGCAGCAGUGGUAUCAGCAGCAAUGGCAGCUACACUCAAGGCAGCAGCUUCUUUCCUGGAGGGCAAUCACAGCACCAGCAGCAGCACACUCCAGUGACGGUAUCAGGGUCAUUAGACAACACCGAUUCCGACUUCCCACUCGAUGCUGCUGCUGCCGGUGCAGCAGCCUCGCUGGCCGACGAAGAAAACGAGGAGGAGGGGGGAGAAGGAGGAGAAGGAGGGGAGGAGGAAGCUGAAGGGGAUGGGGACGGAGACUUGGAAGACGACGACAUGGACCUAUCGUACGAGUCAGAGGACGAGCUCGAGGUGGUGCUCCUCCUCCGCAUCCCCCGCAACAUGGCAGAGCUGCGCGCCGUGCGCGCCACCCUCGCCCUCUACAAGCGCGAGUUCCCCCUCCGUGUGGUGGUCAUCUUCGUCAACCUCUACCUUUUCCUCCAGUCCUUCUGUAUUCCGGGGACCAUCUGCAUGAAUUUACUCGCGGGGUCGCUCUUCGGGUUCUUUCCCGGGCUGCUCACUAUCAGUGUCCUGAUUACCACUGGUGCCUGCGCGUCGUAUACCAUCUCCCACUUUCUGCUAAGGGACAUAGUGUACUAUUAUUUCCCGGAUAAGUGCGACUGGAUGCGGACCGAGGUGCAGCGGCACUAUACCUCCUUAAUCUACUAUGUCAUAUCGCUGCGAAUCACCCCCAUCAUGCCGACCUGGGUGGUCAACCUCUGCUCCCCCCUAGUAGGCAUCCCCAUCCGCAUCUACCUCAUCGGAACCUUCUUCGGAUUCAUCCCCUCUAGUGUCAUUCAGGUUAAAGCCGGGUGCGUGCUCUCGACUAUUAACUCGCUCUCGGACCUCUACGAUGCUCCUACUAUUGCUGCUUUAUUCCUAGUAGCCAUCCUCGCACUCCUGCCUCCCCUCUCUAAGACCCUCUGGGCGCAGCGGCUCUGGGCCCAGAUCAUGAGCAACAGCACGGCAGCCGCGGUUGUCCUCUUUAUAAGCAGCCUCGGAGUAAGCAACAGCGGGGUUGGCAGGGUGUCAUAUGCACCGUUACGGCCGCACUACAGUGGGAUUGGGUCUCAUAGUAUGAGCGGUGGUGGCGGCAGUGGUGGUGGUGGUGGUGGUGGUGGUGGUGGUGGUGGCAGUAGCAGCUGCGGCAGUGUCAGUGUCAGCAGCAGCAGCAUGGGGGUUCAGCUGGAUGGGAUGGAAGCGGGGAUAAGACCCCUGGCUGGGAGCCGAGUGGUUUCGGGGUCGCAUGGCCCGUCACCCUGACAAGGGCUGUGUCCAGUCCAGCAGCAGCAGCAGCAGCAACAGCAGCAGCAGCAGUAACAGUGUGGGUGUCAGCAGCAGCAGCACGAGGGCUCAGCUGGAUGGGAUGGAAGCGGGGAUAAGACCCCUGGCUGGGAGCAGAGUAGUUUCAGGGUAGCAUGGCCCAUCACCUUGACAAGAGCUGUGUCCAGCAGCUGCGGCUGUGUGAGUGUCAGCAACAGCAGCACGGGGUUUCAGCUGUAUGGGAUGGAAGCGGGAAUCAGACCUUAAGCAGGGAGCAGAGUGGUUGUGGGAUCCCAUGGUCAAUCUCCCUAAAGAAACGAGUUUUAUUGAUUAGACUGGAGCUAACUGUGGUGGAUUGGACAAGGUAGAAAUGGAGUAGGGUAUGGAGGUGUGGGAGUUCUGCAGAGGGGAUUGAUCAUUGGUCGGGUAAAAAGGACUGAAGUACCGUAAAAGCCUGGAUAGAUGGGGGCAUGUUGCAUAGUGGAUUGAUUAGGGUCGGCAGCGGCAUGCUGAGUGCGCUCUUGGUUUUUGUCCUCCUUGUCAGCAGCGGUAUGGUUGACAAUGUUUUGAUUUUUGUCCUCUUUCCAUCUUCCUGCACUCAUAUAGCCAUCU